AUACCCUCCCCUUUUGCACACCAACAGGGUUUUAGACCUAUCCCCCACUCUCUCUCUCUCUCUCUCUCUCUCUCUCUCUCUCAACCAUGGAGUCCAUUGCUAAACUACAGCAGUACCAACCCCUUUACCUAUCGCUUCAUCGCCACCGUUCAUCAUUCCCCAUACCCAUUUCAUCCAUCAAGAUUCCACCAUCUCCAUCAUCAUCACCCUUCAAAUUUUCGUCUAUCAGAGCCUCUUCAUCAUCUUCCGAACCACUUCACCAUCUACACCAAAACCCAAAACCCUCACACUUCCCAACCCUAACCCCUCUCGUCUCGUCGAUUCUCAAGACCACCGUCACCACCUUAACCGCUGCCGCGUUCUUCUUCAUGCGGUUCCACCACAAACCCGCCAUUGCCACGCCGAUUGCAACCCCUACGGUGGAGACCAGCGAAGAAUCGGCCGCGAAUGUCUCGUUCAAUGAGAAAGAGAGACUCAUCGAGGAGCAGUUGAGUCGGAAUCCCGAUGAUACCGAAGCGCUUCGGUCUUUAAUGGAGGUUAGGAUCAGAGCUCAUAAGCUUUCGGAAGCUGUCGAGGUUUUGGACCGGUUGAUUGAACUCGAACCCGGUGACUUCGAAUGGCUAUUGUUGAAAGCCAACAUCCAUAGCUUCAUGGGAGAGCUUGAAUUGGCUAGAAAUGAGUUUGAGGAGAUUUUGUCGAAAGACCCAUUUAGUGUGGAGGCUUACCAUGGCCUUGUGAUGGCGGUUUCGCAAUCUUCUGGGAAAUUGAAAGAUGUUUUGAGGAGGGUUGAGAAGGCAAUGGAACGGUGCGAGAAGGAGAAGAAGAAUUCUGAUCUUAGGGAUUUCAAGCUCUUAGUUGCCCAAAUUAGAGUUAUGGAAGCGAAUUAUGUGGAUGCUUUGAAGCUUUAUGAGGAACUUGUUAAGGAGGAGCCAAGGGAUUUCAGACCCUAUUUGUGUCAAGGAAUUAUAUAUACACUGCUCAGGAAGAAAAAUGAAGCAGAGAAACAAUUCGAGAAGUUCCGGAGGCUUGUACCGAAGAAUCAUCCAUAUAAAGAGUAUUUUGAUGAUAAUAUGUUUGCAACAAAGCUUUUUUCACAAAAAGUUGAAAUGGAGAGAGCUGGUUCAAAGGGUUGAGAGUAAUUGCUUUAGAUUCAUGUAGACUGGCUGAUUUUGCUGUGAGGUUGCCCUUCUUGGUUCAAAGGAUUGAGAGUAAUUGCUUUAGAUUCAUGUAGACUGGCUGAUUCUGCUGUGAGGUUGCCCUUCUUGGUUCCCUACUUCUGUUUAAUUUAUUGCCUUUUUUUUUUUUUUUUUGGGUUGUUAUUUUUACUAUAUUCAUUUAGAUUUUAGAUAUAAGUGAAUAGCUCUUAGUUCUCUUUUAGAUUGUAGGGUGGUGGUGCGCAAAUCAUUCGGUGAAACUUAAUAUGGAGCUGAAUUACUAUUUUGUCUCUGUAAUUUGAAUAGAAGAUAGCAAUGAGGAAAACGUAUUUUGGUGCAGAAAAAAGUUGCCACAUUUGUUAACUUUCGGCAGCAUGAUGCAAGGUUUAUGUGACAAUACAUGCGUUAGUAUGUCUGGUUAAAGAACAUUCAGCUGUCUUUUGUUUAUUGAAUUUGCUAAGUUUGAUGUGUUAUAGGAUUUUAUGCUUGAUGGUCAAA